AUGUCGUCGGCGGCCGAACAUGAGAUGAGGUACUUUAGGACGCAGGUUGAGGACGCCUUCAAAGCCGUUCAGGAGUGCGAAGCGGCCAAGGUCAACACCCUCGAACUCGAAACGCGACGGCGCGAGACGCUGUGCAUGCGGCAAGCGCGACUCGCCGAAGCACACGUCGAGCUGCUUGAGAUUGAGUUCAGGCACCGGCUCGAUGCGGCGAACCCGGCAGACCGUAGGGAGGCAGCGCAAGAAUGCCGCCUGCAUGUCCAACAGACCGCCCAGGAGACGCACCGCGACCUCGCGACUCUUUCCCCUCGCUUGCAGCAAUGCGUCCGUCAUGAGAAGGCGACCAAGGAGGAGGUCGACCGGUUUGAAGGGCGCGGCGCUCUGCGCCAUCGCAUCAUGAAAUCGAAGAAGGUCGCUUUAGCCGCCUUUAUUGAUGCGGUUCAUGAGCUGGGCAACAUGCAGGGAAAGGAGGCUUACCUGAAGGCAAAGCGGGAUGGUCUUCUCUCGCUCGCUCAGGUGUACGGUGACGCCGCACGAGGCAGUGUCGACCUCCAGGCUCCGCCGACAUACGACAAGUCGCGCCCGCGAUCAGCUCGCCGAGAGACUGGUUUGUGGGCGGCCGAAUACGAGGCGCACGCAGCCACCGACCCUCGUUCGCCAUCGGUCCGUGACGAAGCAGGCUUUUGGGCAGCCGAGUACGAGGCGCUCGAGCAGCGCGAGCGUGCCGAGCAUCAGGCUGCCGGAAACAGCGAUCCCUUCGAACCUGGGGAUCGCCGCAGCUCGCACAACUCGCCUCAAGCCGAUCGGGAACAGGAAGAAAUCAGAGCGGCGGCUGCCUUCUUUACCAACGAGGCCAGGGAGCGCCCGUCGGAGGAACACGCUGCGACGCACGCGAGUCCGAGCCAUCCGCCUCCCCGUGUCUUCCGUCCGCGCCUCAGACUCGACACCCGCGACCCGAACCAGCGCACGGUUCACGCUCAGGCGGCAAACCAUCGCGCUUCCAUCAGUCGCUUCACCGCAGCUUUGAGCCCGUCCAUCGACCCGGAGGCAGCCGCGCACAUCGACUGGUCCAACUUGCCUCCGUCCGCGACUUCACCCAUCGAGUCGUAUCGAGCCUUCCUCGUACCGUCUGAUGUCCAGCUCAUUCAUACUCGCGGCUCUUCGCACCGUCACGCACGUAUUUUCCGCCCGGCCGCCGAGUAG